UGCUCACGCAGAGGAGGGCUUCACAGAGGGAAGAAGGACAGAGCCCUGCUGAGCUGCUGGUCAAAGGAGAGAUCCAACUCCACUGGGUCAACGCUCUCUACUCAACUCUGCACUUUUUCAAUUUUUACAGAGAAACACAUCUCUUGUGAAGAUUUUUCUUUUUUUUUAACCAAAAAAAAAAAAUGGCAAAACUCAUCCUAAGCGUGGCGGUUCUGGGGGUCGUGCUGCUGCUCUGCUCACAGACGUGGGCCCAGAAUCCCAGGAAGAGGCUGGCGCCGCCGAAGACCCCCAAAGCUCAGUGCUGCGACGAGGUGCGCUCCCUCAAAGUCCAGGUGGCCAACCUGACCAGCAUCCUGGAGGAGCUGGGCCGCAAGCAGGAGAGCGACCUGAUGAACGUCGUGAGGCAGAUCAUGGAGCUGGACCAGCAGAACCGGCAGCAGGAAGCCCGGGUCACCGAGGCGGAGAGCAAGUACUCCGAGAUCAACAACCGCGUGGAGAUCAUGCAGCUGCAGACCCUCCAGUCCGCCACGCAGACCUCGUCAGAUGCCACAUAUGACUGCGCAUCACUCUUCACCAAGAGCUACAAGAUAUCUGGCGAGUACAAACUGCCCAAGGAUGAGUUUCUGGGUACACCUGAACUCAGCGUCUUCUGUGAUAUGGAGACAAAUGGAGGUGGCUGGACUGUGAUUCAAAGACGCAAGAUCGGCCUGACCUCCUUCCACAGAGACUGGAAGCAGUACAAGAGCGGAUUUGGAUCCAUCCGUGGAGACUUCUGGCUGGGCAAUGACCACAUCUUCCGCCUAACAAGGCAGCCCAGUGUGCUGCGGAUCGAGCUGGAGGACUGGGAGGGAGAGACGCGCUAUGCUGAGUACGGCUUUUUCACUGUGAGUAAUGAGCUCAACAGCUACAAGCUCUUCCUCGCCAACUAUAGUGGAAACGCCGGAGACUCCCUACGCUACCACAACAACACCAACUUCAGCACCAUCAACAAGGACAACGACAAGUGCGUGGAUCACUGCGCCUCCCUGCGCAAAGGUGGUUAUUGGUACAACUGCUGCACCGACUCAAAUCUGAAUGGCGUAUUUUACCGCUACGGUGAGCACACAAAGAGCACAGAUGGGAUCACUUGGUACGGCUGGCACGGGCCCAACUACUCCCUGAAGAGAGUGGAGAUGAAGGUCCGGCCCGUGGGUUUUCAGCCAUAAGAGCUUCAGCUGUGUGCCCCUGGAUCGAGAUCAUACGCAUGAAUGCCGAGAGCGCUCGCUAAUACCUGCUCAACCCAAGCCGUGGCUUUCCCCUCGACGGCCACAGGAAUGCAUUUGCCGGUUUUGAUGGUCUGGUUAAAAACUUCAGUCAGAUGAAUGUGCUAAUGACGUUGCCGUGUUUGAUUGUAUAUUGUAGUUAAUGUUUGUGUAUUUAUCAGUAAGAUAUUUUAUUUUUUAAAAGCUUGGAUAGAUGCUCUUUUACCACUGUCCCCAGCGGGUAACUGGACUUUUGAUUGCUCCCCUCAGCCGUCCUGAAAGCACUAGGUCGUAUGUUUAGUUAACGCGAGCAUGAAUCGUCCCAGACCGGUUCAGCUAUAAAUCAUUAAGGACUGCGAGGAACUCAUUAAAGAGGAUCUUUGUGAGUUGCUGGGAUGGGGCCAACCAUCCAAAACUAUUUCCUAUAAAUUACGCUGCAUUUUGUUUUUCCUCCUCUCCUUUUGUAAAAUCCUAACCUUUCAUGUUGGAAAUGUGGAAUUUGUAAAAUGUGUACAGCUCUGUAAUUAUGUUGUUUUAUGUGAUAGAAAAUAAAAAAAAUAUUUUUUAAAGGAAA